UCCGGUGUGUGUUUUCAGAGGCGGAGCCGAGUUGUUUGAUCAAAAACACAAGUCAUCAAGUCGUGUUUAGCAGUCAGAACGUUCCAUAUUUUUCCAGGUCUUUCAUUGAGUCGAAUGGGUUCAACAGAGUUUUAGUGUCAUAAUGGCCCUCGCUGAGGAGCAGAAUGAAAAACACUGCUGGGUGUGUUUUGCCACUGAACGGGACGACCGCAGCGCAGAGUGGGUGAGCCCCUGCAGGUGUAAAGGCUGCACCAAAUGGAUCCACCAGUCGUGUCUGCAGCGCUGGCUGGACGAGAAGCAGAAGGGAAACAGCGGCGAAGCGGUCAGCUGUCCCCAAUGUGGCACCGAGUACCGCAUCAUGUUCCCCAAGAUGGGCCCAGUGGUGUAUUUCCUGCAGCAGGUGGACAGAGCUCUGUCUCGUGCCAGCCCCAUCGCUGCCGUCGGCGUGGUUGUCGGGACGGUCUAUUGGUCGGCGGUCACAUACGGAGCUGUGACGGUCAUGCAGGUGGUGGGUCACAAGAAGGGUCUGUAUGUGAUGGAGCGAGCUGACCCUCUGUUCCUGCUCAUGGGUCUGCCCACCAUCCCUGUGCUGCUGGUGCUGGGCAAGAUGAUCCGCUGGGAGGAUUAUUUAGUGAGACUGUGGCAGAGGUAUUCCUGCAAACGGACACCAGGUAGCGUUUCUUACCUGUCCCGUUGGCCUGUUGACAGACCGGGUGCAGGAGAUCACCUGUCUGUGUCUAGAACUCUGUGUGGAGCUCUCAUCUUUCCCUCCAUAGCCAGUCUGGUGGGGCGGCUGCUGUUCCGACGGGUCUCUUCCAACCUGCAGCGCACCGUUCUGGGUGGCAUUGCAUUCGUGCUGAUCAAGGGUGUGUUGAAAAUGUAUUUCAAACAGCAACAGUGCAUCAUUCAGGCCAGCAGACACAUCCUGAACUACCCAGAAACACACAGAGACAGAGCAGGCGGGGAGGACGACACAGAGGACAGCGGCCACGAGUGACUCCCAUUGUUAGCCAAAGAAAAAGAAAAAAAAAAUCUGACACAGAAGUAGAGACAUUUAAUAUUAAAAGGUGGAGUUGAGGUAACCUGCCUUUUCCCUCGAAGACUAAAAUUUCUUGAACACACUGACGAUUCUUCAUUGCCUUCAGUCCUCUCAAAUACACUGGAAAAUGAUUAAGUCUUGCCUCGUUUUUAAAUUAUCUAAAUUUAAGAAGUAUGGACUACUAAGUUUUCCUUUAUGUUAGUCUAGUAACUGGAUGAAAUAUUGAUUACUGCUUGAAGAUUUUAGUGGUGUUUUAAACAAUAAACUGUAACUAUUAGGGGGGGGAAUGAAUUUUUUGCUUGCAGCUUUACAGCUAUUUUUGAAAUUUGAAUAUAAAACCUCCUGUGUGGUUUACCCAGUGAGUUGAAAUGAUAGGAUAAAAUGGGUACAUUGUAUAACAGGAAAGGACCUUUAAGACAUUGUGUAAAGUAUCUUGCACCAUUGAGCCAAAGUGAGUUUGCAUUUUAAAAAGUCAGGAGUUUCUUAAUGUUCUACAAAUAUACUACUAUUCACUUGACUUUAAAAUCCCAAUUCUUUAAUCCUCACAAUGGAAAUAAUUUGAUAUUCACAUUUCCUAAGAUAUGUUGAUUUGCCCUCAGAGUUAUCGUACUGUACUCCCACAGCUGUCUGUGCAACACUUCUUGUACAAGUUGGUCUGAGUUUGAGUAUUUUGUAGUAAAACAUUUGUUUAUUGCUGAAUUGAAAUGGUUGAAAAAUAAGACUGUUUAAGUCUUAUGCAUUUAUGAACAAGAGUUUUGUGCUCAAAUAGAGGUAUUUAUUUUUGCUAAAUGAUUAUACUAAAGAAGAGCUUGAAAUGACUUGCAGGCAAUGUUUCUGUCUUAAGAUGUUUAUAUAAAUCUCGAAAAAAAUUUGAUAAAAAUUUCAGAACAAAGUUUGUUUUGUUGAUUCUUGUUUCCUUGUUAACUGUGUAAAAAAUACUCUGGAUGAAGCAGUUCCUCAAAACAUCAAGUCUUGUUGGCAGGAUGUUCCUAACGUGAACCCUUGGGGCUCUCCUCGUUUUCUCUUCCAUCAAAGAAAGCUCUUAAAAUUAGUGCUGAUGUUGCACAAACCACACCUAGGAGACAAGUCAUGUUGCUCCUAAAGUUUAUUAAUUAAAAAUGGCAGUUCAUGGAAGUUAAUAAAUAAAUCAUAUAAUGUAACCUUUGAAGAAGCACAGCAGAGAGAAAAAGGACAUUUUUUGUACCCAUUUCCUCUCAUUAGUUUUGUCAUAACACUUAACAGGUGAAUCUAUUUUUUUAGCACUUCCUUGCUCAGUAAACGAUGUUCCAUUUGGUACAGAGUUUUGCUCCAGACAAGGUAUGUGAAAAUUUCAUGAUAACACAAUGAAUUUUUGCUUUUGAAGAAAAAGAAGUUAAAUAAAAACACAUUAACCCACCCCUCACUAUAGUGGAACAAACAUUUGUUAAUGUCCAAGUUUAUUUCAGGCUUUAUGGUUUUCACUGAAAGCAAAUGUGGAUUUUGCAGUUUGUUUACCUGUUCAUUAAACAGUAAAUGAGUUUUAAACAA